ACCCCAGGGGUUGGGGGAAGGGGUGAGGGGGUGAGAGGGGCAGGAGUCACAUGGGAACGAGUCAGGUUGCUGUCACAUGGCUUGUGUUUGCAAGGCUGAGCCGACGGGAGGAGGGGUUUGGACAGAAGUUUGUGUAAGAAGAGAAACUGCGGUACUUUUUCAUGUAGCUCUUUAACAAGUUGAAACGCCGAAUCGGAUCAAGGAGGAGCUGCUUUGUCCAAACAGACAAUUAUGGAAAUCCCUGCCAUAAAUCUAAAGGCCAUCGUACUGGUGCACUGGCUGCUUACAGUGUGGGGGAGUAUGGUGUGGCCGUCAGUGGCCUUCACAUGGGCGAACUUUAGCGUUUUAGCAGUUGGAGUGUGGGCGAUUGCACAGAGGGACUCAAUAGAUGCAGUGAUCAUGUUUCUGAUAGGGAUGAUUUUGACAAUAUUGACCGACAUCGUCCAUCUCGGGAUAUUCUACCCUCUCGGUGCCUCGACCGACUUGUUUCGCUUCAGCGCAGGGAUGACCAUCCUCAACCUGCUGCUCAAACCCAUUUCCUGCUUCUUUGUCUACCAAAUGUACCGCGAGCGAGGAGGAGAUUACAACAUCAACUUUGGUUUCCCUUCUGUAUCACGAAACCGAGAUGCCUAUCAGUCCAUUGACCAGCAGGAUGGCUCCUCUACCUCAGGAAAUCCCUUCAACCAGACGCCGGACAGCAAACCAGGAGUUCGCACUUACUGAACCAAGCAGCCGUUGAGCAAUGCAGUGUUUUCCUUUCAGCAACACCUGCCCAGCACUUUGGGACAAGUAUUAUAAUCGAUUCUGUGUCGUCCCUGUUUUGUACAGUUGGCGUGUAACUCUGAAAGUUUUAUUAUGCUAAGUAGUCAUCUGUUUGAACUUCAGAGUGAAAUGUGGCAUAAUUACACCCAUUUUCAUUUCAAAAUUUGGCACAUACCUGCUGAACGCACGCAGAGGAAAAACUGUUCUCCCAUUCCCAUGCUGUGAUGCCGUACUUUUCACCAUCUAUUUUUAGUAGACAGGUGUUAAAUCGAACUGCUGUGUCUACAGCGGUUUUGUUUUCUGUUACCUUUUUUAUUUCCCACAAAUGUGGUACUUUCGGAUGCAAAGAGUCCGUUUCUCAUUUUGUAAGCAGUAGAUUAAUAUUUUUCAAUUGAUUUUUUUUUUAUUUUAAAUAUUACAGUUCUGCUGACUAGAAUGGAGGUUUUUGACUAAUGAGAAAUGAAAUUAAUGUCCAUUGCUGUGCCUUGGAAGUUAACCUGUGCUUUUGUAUUUUUUCACCCAAUGUGAAAUUUGAACUGCUUCAACCAAACUGAACGCAUAGCAAGAACUGUAGUUAAUGUUUCAUCUCCUAACUUGGCAUGAAAAUACACUCACUGCAAAGCACAUGGGCCCUAUUCAUUUAUGCUGAUAUUUAGUUUCUUCAUACUAAGACUUUUUUUCAUAUCAAGCUGCCAAUCUACCAAAAUGUAAAAUAUAGAGACUGCUGAUUUUGUAGCAUCACAUAAUCGUCAGUUAAUGAUUAUUAAAAAAAGUAAACGAUUGUUUUCUUUGUUAUUCUAAUAGUUGCAAGUAAGUAUGUAAAACCUGUUUACAGUAAAUUACAGACCACACCAUACUGAUAUGUUACAAUAUGUCUGCUGUGUAGGCACGAGAUAUGAGAAAGUAUUAUUACAGUAAAAGUGUUCAAAGCUUGAAAUGUUCACAUCAGCACUGUGGUUACUGAAAAUGUGCAACAAGUCGUUCACUGAGCUUUUCAAGAAGUGUGUACUCUCAGUUUUUGUUGGCAGAUUGUCCGACUAUGGUAGCGAUAUGAGUGUAAAGAAAAGCGGCUACAGGGAUUGCAUCAUUUGGACAAUUUGGACUCGGUUCACUUUUGAAAGUGUUACAAGAUUGGAGUUUUGUGUUUUUUGAAAUCCUGAUAAACUGUGUGACUAAAUGGAGAUGUGGUAACUAUACUGGUCACAGUAUAGAGAUGUGAAAUUAUGCAUGCCAUAGUAGCGUGACAUAUAGAUCACAAGACACACCUUACUUGCAGUUACUAAAGAGCCUGUAAGAAGCAUACUAAAUAAUGCAGAGUUGCAGUUUGCUGUAUUGCUUAUGUAAAGUUAUAACUUCUAAAGUUUAA